AUGGACUAUGAAGAUGAAUAUGAAAACAAUAACCCAUUUGCAGAGCCACAAGAUAUAAGCCAAAACAUUGACACUUCUUCAAACCAUGAAUCUUCCAUAACAUCAAAUGAUUCUAACCAAACUCAAACUCAAACUAAACCGACACAAGACAAUGACAAUUCAGAAGAUAGAAUUUUCAAAACAGAUUUAAAAAAGCUAUUACCAGAAAGGUUCUCACAUAAAUACAGUAUUUCCAUCAAACUAAUAGGGAUAGAAAAAAAUAAACCAGAAAAUCCAAUACUAAAAUUGGAAGCGAAAGUUCAUGGAUUACCAAAAUUCAGACAAAAAGAAUAUAAGGAAUUACGUCGAACAUAUAAUGAAGUUGUAAAAUUUAAUAAAUAUUUAUCAGUAUCUAACUUGGAAGUAUUUGUGCCAGUAAUUCCUAAUGUAAAUACUUCAUAUCCAACUGGUGGAGAGGAUGAAAAGAAACAAUUAAUGAUUGUAUGGCAAGAAUGGUUUAAUAGGAUAACAGCAAAUCCAAUUCUAAUAAGAGAUGAAGAGUUUGUAUAUUUCAUUGAAAAUGAUUUUGGAUAUAGUGUUAUUAAUAGUAAUAAGAAAUCAUCUGUUGCAAGUGGAUUAAUGAGGAAAACUUUGAAGCAAUUUUCAAUUCCAUAUGAUCCAUUUGAAGAAUUGGCAGAUUUCAGACCUACAAUAAAAAAUGCUUAUUUAACAUGUCAAAAAUUGCAUAAAUUGUUAGAGAAAAAUUCAAAAUGUGAAAAACAACUAUCUAUUCACGUAUAUGAUAUGUCAAAUAAGUUGAAUGUAUUAUCUCAAUUUGAAAAUACUCAUCCUGGUAUGAAAAAUAUGUGGGAAAAUUUAGGAAAAGUGGUUCAGAUCCAAUCAGAUUUAUUACUUAUUGAGUCGAUAAACGAGAUGGCAAUAUUAGGCGAUGGAGUACAAUUACUAAUAAAUGACUUUUAUGAAAUAAAGGAAGCUUUGACAAACAGAUAUUUAAUAAUGAGAGAAUUAAUUCAAGCGGAAGCUCAGACUAAUCAAAAACAAAUACAAGCCGCAAAAAUAAAAAACAAAGUAUCAUUAGAUCCAAUCAAGGUGGAUGAAGCUUUGAGAUCUCUAGAAUAUGCGGCGAAAGUACAAGAAUCAUUAAAUUUACAAGUUAAAAGAAUAUCAGGAGAAAUGCUUUAUGAAAAAGAUGAAGUGGCACAAUUUACUGAAGUGAAGUUUAAAAAUCUACUAAAGUCAUAUGUCUUACAUAAAAUUGAUCAUCAUAGAAAAAUCUUAAAAAAUUUUGAAACAAUAAGGUUAGAUAUUAGAUGUGUUGAUGAAAAAGGUGGGUUAUCAAGAUUGAAUAGAGACAAUUUAGCUAAUUUGAAACAUAAUUUGUCUCAAUCCCAGUCUAAUCAAGGAGAUACAUGGUCAUCCAGAACUUUUAGAUCAUUGGAAAAAGAAGAAGCAUCUAGACAGCACAAAAAGGAAUCAAAUGGUCCCUUGAAACCACCAGUAGUUGAUGCUAAAAAUGCAGCAACUUUAUUGGGUGUAGCUACAUUUUGA